AUGGCGCCGUCAUUCGAUCACCUGCGCGAGGAAGACCUCGAUGAGGAGGACAUUGAUAUGGAUGAGGUCGACAUCUCCGAUCUGAGAGAAAAAUAUGAGGUUCAGCUUGAGCAGGGCUACGACACCUUCGUCGUUAUCGACGGUCUGCCUGCCGUCUCCGAGGAGCAAAAACCGAAGCUCAUCAAGUUCUUGCUGAAGAAGCUGAACACCGUCGGCAAGACCCGCGAAGACAUGAUCUACAUGCCUAUGGGUGAUGAUGGCAUGUCGUUGAGGUUCGCUUUCGUCGAGUACUCUUCCCCCGCUGAGGCCUCUGCCGCUGUCAGGCAACUCGACUAUGUGCCCCUCGACAAGAAGCACACCCUGCGUGUCAACAAGCUCACCGACAUUGACCGGUAUGGGCGGGAAGGUCGCAUCAGCGAGGAGUUUGUUCCCCCCAAGAUAGAGCCCUUUCAGGAGAAGGAGCACCUUCGGUGGUUUAUGGCCGACCCCGCCGAUCGCGGCCGCGACCAGUUCGUUAUGUACAGGGGAGACACCGUCGGCGUCUUCUGGAACAACGAGAAGGACCAGCCCGAGAAUAUCGUCGACAGGCAACAUUGGACUGAGACCUUCGUCCAGUGGUCGCCUUUGGGCACAUACCUUACUUCGGUGCAUGCCCAGGGUGUCCAGCUCUGGGGUGGUGCCUCGUGGUCCCGUCUGCGCCGUUUCCCCCACCCCUUCGUCAACCUUGUCGCCUUCUCCCCUGGUGAGAAGUACCUGGUGACCUGGUCGAACCGCCCUAUCCAGAUCCCUGACAGCGGUCAUCCCGUCCUCACCCUCGACGACGAUGGCAAGAACUAUAUCAUUUGGGAUAUCGAGACGGCUAGACCCCUGCGUUCGUUCGCCCAGCAGGAUAUCCACCCCGAGGAGCACGGUCCCAAGAAGGGUCCUCCCAAGUUUCCCUGGCCCGUGUUCAAGUGGUCUGCCGACGACAAAUACGUGGCUCGGUUGAAUCAGGGCACCUCCAUCUCCAUCUAUGAGCUCCCCAAGAUGAACCUGCUCGACAAGCAGGCCGUCAAGAUUGAGGGCGUCAUGGACUUCGAAUGGGCGCCCGCCACGGUGCAGAGGGAAGGUGUCAAGACCUACGAGCAGCUCUUCUGCUUCUGGACUCCUGAGAUCGGCAACAACCCCGCGAGGGUCGGUCUCAUGAGCAUCCCCUCCAAGCAGAUUGUGAGGACGCUCAACCUCUUCAGCGUCUCGGAUGUCAAGAUGCACUGGCAGUCGGAGGGUACCUACCUCUGCGUCAAGGUCGACCGGCACUCCAAGUCCAAGAAGUCGCAGGCAACGACGCUCGAGAUCUUCCGUGUCAAGGAGAAGGGCGUCCCUGUUGAGGUGGUCGAUACGAUCAAGGACACUGUUAUUAACUUUGCCUGGGAGCCCAAGGGCGACCGCUUCGUUAUCAUUACCACUCCGGAGCCUGUUGGCGCCACCGCUGUGCCACCCAAGACAUCAGUCUCUUUCUUCUGCCCUGAGCUUAAGAAGGGCAACCAGGUCGGCAGCUUUAAGCACCUGCGGACUCUUGAGAAGAAGAACCACAACGCGAUCUACUGGUCGCCCAAGGGCCGCUUCGUCGUCAUUGCUACCGUCCACAACACCCAGAGCUCCGAUCUCGAGUUCUGGGAUCUGGAUUUUGAUGGCGAGAAGCCCGAAAACGAGAAGGACCUGGCCGCCUGCUUGCAACUGAUGGGUACUGGCGACCAUUAUGGUAUUACCGAUGUUGAGUGGGAUCCUUCGGGCCGCUACGUCGCCACCUGGGCAUCAGCGUGGAAACACACGAUGGAAAAUGGCUACCACCUCUACGACUUCAAGGGCGAGCUCCUGCGUGAGGAACACAUCGAGAAGUUCAAGCAGUGGCAGUGGCGUCCGCGGCCGCCAACCCUGCUCACCAAGGAGGAGCAGAAGCAGAUCCGCAAGAACCUGCGCGAGUAUUCUCGCAUCUUCGAACAGGAGGAUGCCGAGCGUAUCAGCUCCGCCGACGUGGCCGUUGUCGAGGCCCGCCGCCGUCUACUCAACGAAUGGUACGCUUGGCGCGAGGCUAUCGAGAAGGAGGUUGCCGAGGAGCGUGCUGCCCUCGGCCUGCCUGCCGACCCUGCUGCGGAGCUGCUCAAGCGCAAGAUCGCCGAGGUUGCGCCCGACGCCCAGGAGCAGGUCAUCGAGGAGAUUAUGGAGGAGGUGCUCGAGGAGACCGAGGAGAUUGUCAACUAG